UCUCCGUAUUCGUUAACGUGGACGGAGGACAUCGCGCGUGAUGUUACGAAAUCGAUCGGAAUUCCUCGGUCAAUCCCUUCCCUGCCCAAUUUUAUUUUCUUUUAGUUUCCAUCCACCGCUCCUGACUUGGUCAUCAUGGCCUUCCUUCUGACCCUCCCGCCAUCAACACCUUCAUCUCAGAUACGAGCCCUAACCCUCUUACCAUUCUGUCUCUCUGUCUGAUCUGAUCCGAUCCUUCUCCUACCAAUGUCUCUGUUCCCAUCUCCUCCGAUCUGAUCUUGGUUUCCACCGCCGCUGCAACCUUAUGGCGUUCUUCCAAUCCCUCGGGGGUAGCUCUCGUGCCGGCCGUGUCCUUGGGCCCGCUCUCGACAAGAUCAUCAAGAACGCCGCGUGGCGGAAGCACUCCAAUCUCGUCUCCGCCUGCAAGGCCGCUCUCGACCACCUCGAUGGCCUCUCCGAUUCCCCUGAUAUCGCCGACCCCUCUCCGCUCCUCGGCCUCCCAUUCGCAGCUGCCGACUCCCUCCUCCAGCCCCUCGUCAUCGCCAUCGAUUCCGCCUCCCCAAAGGUUGCCGAGCCUGCUCUUGAGUGCUCCCAGAAGCUCUUCUCCCACGGUCUCCUCCGUGGCGAGAUCAACCUUCAAACCGACGCCGAUGAUGCUCCCCGUUCUGCCGCCUCACGUCUCCUGGCUUCUGUCUGCAGCUGUGGGGGGAUCGGCGACGAGGCCAUCGAGCUCGCCAUGCUCAGGGUCCUCAUUGCCGCUGUCAGGUCGCCCGCCGUGCUGGUCCGCGACGAGUGUUUGGCCCAGAUAGUCCGAAGCUGCUAUAACGUGUACCUCGGCAGCCAGAGCGGGGCCAAUCAAUUGUGUGCCAAAUUGGUCCUGGCUCAGAUGCUCGUUAUCAUCUGUGCCAGGGUGGAGGCGGAUGCCAUGGAUGUUGUCAGGGUUCGGACGGUCUCCAUUGCCGAUAUGAUGGAUCUAUCAGAUAGAAACUUGAACGAUUCCACUCUGGUUCAGGCUGCACAGAAUUUUAUCAAUGAGGUAAUGGAGGGAAAUGAAGCUGAGCCUUUGCCAUCAAAAUCGCACAAGGGAGAGGGUUUGGUGCCAACAGUAUCUUCUGAAGGGGAGGGGGCAGUGAAUGGUGGAGUUAGUGGUGGAUUGAGCAAGAUCAGAGAAGAUGGGCUGUUUCUCUUCAAGAACUUGUGUAAACUCUCAAUGAAGUUCUCCACGCAAGAGAAUCCCGAGGAUCCUCUCUUGUUAAGGGGGAAGGUUUUGUCGCUGGAACUUCUGAAGCUAGCAAUUGAGAAUGCGGGGCCUCUCUGGCGGACAAAUGAGAGGUUUCUUGGAGCUAUCAAGCAAUAUCUUUGCUUAUCACUGUUGAAGAAUAGUGCAUUAUCAGUGAUGAGUAUUUUUCAGCUACUUUGUUCUAUUUUCAUGGGCUUAUUGUCAAGGUUUAGAUCAAUGUUGAAAGAGGAAGUUGGAAUUUUCUUUCCCAUGCUUGUCUUGCGUAUACUCGAAAAUGUGCUUCAACCUAGUUUUUUGCAGAAAAUGACAGUUCUCAACUUAUUGGAAACGAUCUGUCAAGACCCGCAAAUUAUGGUUGACAUUUUCGUGAAUUAUGAUUGCGAUGUGAAUGCACCAAACAUAUUUGAAAGGGUUGUCAAUGGCCUUCUAAAGACAGGUUUAGGUGUUCCUCCUGGAUCAGUGACAUCAUUGUCCCCAGCUCAGGAUAGCACAUUGCGUGUUGAGUCAGUGAAGUGCCUGGCUGGUAUCAUUAAAUCAAUGGGAGCAUGGAUGGAUCAGCAGCUGAAAAUUGGUGUUUUUGCUCCUCAAAGUCUUGAAAAGGAGCAUUCUGCAGAGAACCUCACUGCGUUGAAUGGUGAAGAAGGAACCAUUGUCGAGUAUGAAUUGCAUUCUGAUGCAAAUUCUGAGCUAUCUGAUGCUGCCACACUAGAACAACGGCGGGCCUAUAAGUUGGAGUUUCAGAAAGGUGUUUCACUGUUUAACAGGAAACCUUCAAAGGGUAUUGAUUUUCUAAUCAAAACCAAGAAAAUAGGUGCUUCGCCAGAAGAAGUGGCUUCCUUUUUGAAAAUCACUUCUGGGCUGAAUGCAGCUAUGAUUGGAGACUACUUGGGUGAAAGGGAGGAGUUUCCUUUGAAAGUUAUGCAUGCAUAUGUUGAUUCAAUUGAUUUUGAGGGUAUGAACUUUGGUGAAGCCAUAAGGUUCUUCCUAAGAGGCUUCAGAUUGCCUGGAGAAGCACAAAAAAUUGACCGCAUAAUGGAAAAGUUUGCAGAACGUUACUGUAAAUGCAACCCGAGUUCUUUUACCAGUGCAGAUACUGCAUAUGUUCUUGCUUAUUCUGUGAUAAUGCUAAACACUGAUGCACACAAUAACAUGGUGAAAGAUAAGAUGUCAAAAGCUGAGUUUAUACGGAAUAAUCGAGGAAUAGAUGAUGGGAAGGAUUUACCUGAAGAUUAUUUGAGUUCUUUAUAUGAUCAAAUUGUGAAAAGUGAAAUAAAAAUUAGUGUUGAUUCAUCAGCUCCACAGAGUAAGCAAACGAGCAGCAUCAAUAAGCUUUUGGGAUUGGAUAGUAUUUUCAACUUGGUAAAUUGGAAGCAAGCAGAAGAAAAAGCAUUAGGUGCAAAUGAUUUGCUCAUUAGGCACAUCCAAGAACAGUUUAAAGCAAAGAGUGGAAAAUCAGAGUCUAUGUUCUAUGCUGUAACGGAUACAGCAAUCCUGAGAUUUAUGAUUGAGGUUUGCUGGGCCCCCAUGAUGGCUGCUUUCAGUGUGACGCUUGACCAAAGUGAUGACAAGUCUGCCACAGCACAGUGUUUGCAGGGCUUCCGAUAUGCAGUGCAUGUCACCUCAGUGAUGCAUAUGCAGACACAGAGAGAUGCUUUUGUCACAUCAGUAGCAAAAUUCACAUACCUUCAUUGUGCUGCAGACAUGAAGCAGAAGAAUGUUGAUGCUGUUAAGGCUAUUGUAUCCAUUGCCAUUGAAGAUGGUAAUUAUCUGCAAGAAUCAUGGGAGCAUAUAUUUACAUGUCUUUCACGGUUUGAGCAUUUACACCUGCUUGGAGAGGGUGCACCUCCUGAUGCUUCAUUCUUUACAGCACCCCUCACUGAAUCAGAAGAAAGAUCACAGAAAACACUUGCCGUUACAUCCAUGAAGAGGAAAGGAAAUGCUUUACAAAAUCCAGCGGUAAUGGCUGUUGUUCGAGGUGGUUCUUAUGAUAGUGCAUCUGUGGGAAUUAAAGCUUCUGCUUUGGUUACCCCUGAUCAGAUUAGUAGCUUUAUUUCCAACUUAAAUCUGUUGGAUCAGAUUGGUAGCUUUGAGCUAAACCACAUAUUUGCUCAUAGCCAAAGAUUGAAUGGUGAUGCAAUUGUAGCUUUUGUGAGGGCCCUUUGUAAGGUUUCUAUGACAGAAUUACAAUCUCCAACAGAUCCUCGAGUUUUCAGCCUCACAAAAAUAGUUGAAAUUGCGCAUUAUAAUAUGAAUCGCAUUCGAUUGGUUUGGUCUCGCAUCUGGAAUGUCCUUGCUGAAUUUUUUGUUUCAGUAGGAUUGUCAGAAAAUCUUUCAGUUGCAAUCUUUGUCAUGGAUUCAUUACGGCAGUUGGCUAUGAAGUUUUUGGAGCGAGAGGAGCUUGCUAAUUAUAAUUUUCAGAAUGAAUUUUUGAGACCUUUUGUGGUUGUUAUGCAGAAGAGUGUAUCUUCCGAAAUUCGUGAACUAAUUGUUCGAUGUGUUUCACAGAUGGUUUUGGGUCGUGUUAAUCAUGUGAAAUCUGGAUGGAAAAGUGUUUUUACGGUUUUUACAAUUGCUGCUGCUGAUGAACGCAAAAGUAUUGUUUUGUUGGCUUUUGGGACAAUGGAGAAAAUAGUUAGGGAUUAUUUUCCUUAUAUAACUGAGACAGAAACCACAACGUUCACGGACUGUGUUAAGUGCCUGAUAGCUUUUACAAACAGCAGAUUCAAUAGUGAUGCAAGCCUCAAUGCUAUUGCGUUUCUUCGUUUCUGUGCUGUUAAACUUGCAGAAGGUGGAUUGGUUUGCUACGACAAGAACUCUGAUGGUCAUUUAGGAAAUGGAGAUGCUUUAGAUGGAAAUAAUUUGACUGAAAAAGAUGAUCAUGCUUUCUUUUGGCUACCUUUACUUGAUGGUUUAUCUAAGUUGACAUCUGAUCCUAGACCAACUAUCAGAAAAGGUGCUUUAGAAGUAUUCUUUGACAUUCUCAAGGACCAUGGUCACCUAUUUUCAUCCCAUCUCUGGAUCAAUAUCUUUAAAUCUGCAAUUUCCCCCAUUUUUAACAAUCCACGGCAUAUGCUUGUUGGCCAGGUUUCACCAGUGCAUAACUCUCAAUAUAUGGAAGAUGAUUCAUGGAAAUCUGAAACCGAUACAUUAGCAGCAAAAUGCUUGGUUGACUUAUUUGUCAAGUUUUUCGAUGUAGUGCGUUCACAGCUUGCAAAUGUUGUAGCUAUUAUCACAAGUUUUUUAAGCAGUCCCUAUAAGCAGUAUGCUAACACAGGGAUGGCUGCUUUACUCCAUUUGGCUGCCAGUCUAGGAAGCAAGCUAUCAGAAGCAGAAUGGAAGGAUAUUUUAGUUCCCUUGAAAGAAUCAGCUGCUUCAAUGCUACCUGUUUUUUCAAACAUCAUCAAGAUCAUGCAAAAUGUUGAGGUUCCUGAUAGAAAUCAGCCUUAUUCUGAUGGUGAACAAUAUUCUGAUCAUGAAUUUAUUAACGAUGAUGAAGAGGAGGCUAAUAUGGAAACAGCAUCAUAUGCAAUCGUCAGAAUGAAGAACCACAUAAGUGUUCAGCUCCAAAUUGUACAGGUUGUCAAGAAGCUGUAUGAGGUGCAUCGGAAAUACUUUUCUGCAGCUCAUGUUACCAUUCUAUUGGAAAUACUUUCGUCCAUUGCAUCACAUUCAAGUGAAGUGAGUAAUGAAAGUGCUGUACAGCUGAAGAUGCAGAAGGCAUGCUCCUUAUUGGAGAUUUCUGAUCCACCAAUUGUUCAUUUCGAGAAUGAAUCCUAUCAGAAUCUCCUGAAAUUCUUGCAAACUUUACUUACUGAAGAUGAAUUUGUGUCACAUGAGUUGAGAAUAGAAUCAGAAGUUGUGUCAGUUUGUCAGAAAAUAUUGCAGAUAUACUUAAAUUGUGCAGGACACGAACUAACAGAUCAGAUUUCAAAUACAAGCCCAGCAUUACACUGGAUACUUCCUUUAGGUUCAGCGAAGAGAGAGGAAUUGGCAGCUAGGGCAUCGCUGGCUGUGUUGUCCUUGCAAGUCUUAAGUAGCUUGGAGAGGGAUUCAUUUAAAAGGAACUUGCCUUGCAUUUUUCCGUUGUUAGUUAACCUUAUUCGUUGUGAACAUAGCUCCAGCGAAGUGCAGCAUGUGCUAUUUGACAUCUUUCAGUCAUUAGUAGGCCCUGCAAUAAUGAAUUUAUGAUGUAUAGACUUGAUUUAAAAUAUCAUUCUAUUGUUCCAUCCUCCAUACGGUGUGACAUAAUUCUUGUUGAAUAUUAUAAAUGGCCACCGUGUUCUGGAUUGA